CACUAAAAUGCCACUGACAGAAGAAAGAAGACGCCGCUGUUGAGUGAAUGUGAAUGAGGCUAUUUUUAAUUUGCGACUUUAUUUACUGAGUCAAAGUCUUUAGGCGGAGUUAUUCCUCGAGAAAGGUUUAUUAGUGUUUUUAAAGUUUGCUUCGUACAAGUUGAAAAUGUUGGGAUCCGGGGACAACGGCCACAUCAUAAAACUGCGGGGGUUGCCUUUCUCCACGACCGUGGAAGAUGUCAUCGAUUUCUUGGGUGGCAUCAACAUCAUCAAUGGAAAAGAAGGAGUGCACCUUACUGAAGUCCGUCCUGGCCGACCGUCGGGAGAAUGCUUCGUGGAGCUCGAGUCCCAGGAGGAUGUGGAAGAAGCCCUAAAGAAGGACAAGGAGAAUAUGGGGAAGAGAUACAUUGAAGUUUUCUCUACUGACCGUCAAGAUAUGGAGUGGGCUCUGAACGCCAUGCGCCAAGGUGAAAACGGCUUCGACAGUCUUCCCAACCUGAGUGAUGACUUAGGCAUAGUCAAACUCCGAGGGCUGCCCUUUGGGUGCUCCAAAGAUGAGAUCAUCCAGUUCUUCGAUGGGUUGAGCGUCGCCCCGGACGGGGUGCACUUGCUAUCGGACCACUCGGGGCGGGCAUCGGGCGAGGCGUUCGUUCACUUCGUUGACAAGGGCCACGCACAGGAGGCCCGCAACAGGGACAGAGAGAAAAUAGGACACAGGUACAUAGAGGUGUUUAUCAGUAACGCGGAGGAGGUCCGCGCCUACAACUCGAGAAUGGAGGGCAAGAUGCACUCCGGCAGUCGCGGCUACCGGCCCACGCCGUACGACCGGAAUGACCGGUUCAGUGGCGGCCGCUUCGGUACUAGAGGCAGGGGAGGCUCUUUUGCCAGAGGUAACGGCGGCUUCGGCAACGGGCGCGGCGGGUUCCGCAGCCGCGGCGGCGGCGGCGGCUCGCACUGCGUGCACAUGCGCGGUCUUCCUUUCAAGGCCACCCCUCAGGAUAUAGCCUACUUCUUCAAGCCGAUCCGGCCAGCCAACAUCAAUAUCCUGUUCGACAACAGCGGGCGGCCGUCUGGCGAAGCUGACGUCGAAUUCGAGUGCCACGAGGAUGCCAUGAGGGCGAUGAGACGCGACAAAAACAACAUGGACCACCGCUACAUAGAACUCUUCCUCAACUCUUCGCCCAGCGGUGGCGGUGGCGGCGCCUUCAAGCCCAACAGAAGCAACUUCCGAAGCAACUACUAACUUCGACCUUACGCCCGCGUUCGAAGGUACACUUCAGGUUGGCACAAUCGGGUAGCAUUAGAGGGCGGUACGUGCAAUUUUACAAAUGUGCGAUUUUGAACUUUGUGUUUUAGAUACAGAGUUUGUUUUUCAUCACCGCCUGGAACUUACAAUGACAGGAUGAAACAGAUAAUAAAAUGACGUGUUGUCUUUUUUUUCUUUAUGGCUCUCGCGGGAGCUUGUGUCUUUUUUAUAUGCAGCAUAAAGUUCAAUUUCGCAUGAACGCGUAGCGCCAUCUGGUGUCGUGCAGCAAUCACUCAAUAUAAUAAAGUUUAUUUAUAAAGGUUUUUCGGAAAGCUAUGGGUUUACAGCAAAUAGUUUUAUACAGUUGAAUUAAAAUAGUAAUUUUUUACUCUUUUUUUUUUUAUUAUAAAUAAUUAUUUGUGUAAUUUGAAAAAAAUACCUUUAACUUAAACUGAGGUACUUAUUUGCUACUAGACCCAUAGCUGUAUACAUUGAUAUACAUUCAAAAAACAUAGUAAAGUGACUGUUAUGUUAUCGGUAAUAGAGUACAUAGUUAUUAAUUUUAACGAGAGAACUAAUUGUAAGUUUGUGUACUUAUUUAUAAUUUUAGUGCAAUAGACUUACCUCCUUACUAAUAAAUGUUGUAAUAACCAACUGUUUUUAAUUCUUUUAACGUUAUUUGCGUUGCAGAACAAAAAUAAUUCAACUGAAGAAUCACCGACGUUUAAAAGUAGAGAUUUUUUUGUAUUUAACUAACAUAAGAAAAUAAAAACCACUCACAUACAAUAAAAUUGUGAAGUUAUCACCAUCAAACAAUACUCUCAGAACUUAUUUCUUUCUUUCUUUUCAAUUGACUUUAUUUUUUUGUUUUUCUUUUAUUAUUGCUUUUCUAUAUUAACAAGAGGGACAAAAGUUCAUAUUGAUGCUAUACAAAAUCGAUGGUGAAAAUGAGUUUUGACAGCUCACAGAGAUUAUAGUACUUAGUGAACAACCGUCCCAACCAUGACAUUGAUAGUAGGGCGCUACUGUCACAUUAUCAAUACUGGAUUAUUAUGUAGGUCCCACUUUGUUACGUUGGACAACCAUAAUGACAUUUACAGGAGGGCGCUAAUCAAUACUAGGUCAUUUUAAUAUUUCCGAUUUUUUCCUAUUGACGUUUCUGAAUCGUUUGACUAUACGUCAAUUGUUUGGUGGUGUCAACUACUCAAUACACUAUGCCGGCAGAGGGCGUAUUUUAAAACCGUAUUUUUAUGUAUAUCAAUGUUUCGUAUUUCAUAGUAGUGUAGCGUAGAUUUAGUUUUAAUUUCUAUUUUUAUUUGAGAAUAUUUUAGAGUUACAACUAAGGUAUCCUAUAAAAACUUUUCAUAUUAGGUAUGUAUCUAGUUUGAGAUAAUAAUAAUUAUGUAGAACUUUGUCAAUUGCAAUCCUCUGAUCUGGUGGUUUACAUUCUAUGCAUAGCUGGGCACCGUUAAUCAAAUAGUUAACUUCGUUAAUCGUUAAACCGUUAAUAAAAAAAUUAACUUCGUUAAACGUUAAAACGUUACAUUUCGCAAGAUUUAACGCAAGUUAACGUUAAUCGUUAAUCCGUUAACACAUGAUAGUAAAACGAAAAAAAUAAUUUUAGGUAGAUAUGCAAGGUUCAAAUAAUUUCGAAAGCUUGUAUCGCGCAUGGAAUUUAUUCCUCUUCUAUAUUUGCGCUACAAGCUUUGGAAAUUAUUUGAACCUUGCAUAAGUACAAUUAUUUUUUUCGUUUUAGUACAACGGCAUUUCAGAAUAAAAGCUUCUUUAUAAAAAAGUUUUUUAAUUAUUAUAAUUUUAUUUUACACUUUUUAGUAGUAUCUUAAUCUCAGAGCCUUGGUUCAAUUACAAUACAAUUUAGUCCAAAGUGCUCGAAAAGACAAAUCCAACGAACCCAAAUUCGAUGCGAUGCCGCCGUUUCAUUUAGGAGUUCCUAUGGCCACCCAUUGACUCCAUCAUCAGACCAGCUCAAUGGUACCAUAACAUUGCAUUGUCAUCGUACUUACAUAAGAAUACCAAAUUUCAGCUCAAUCGGUUGAGGAAAACUGGUCUUAAAUUCAGUUGGAAGAGUUGUCCCACACAUACUACCCGUUCGCGCUAAGUUUGCCGGUCCGUGGAAUGGUCCUCCAACCGCGAUUAAACGCAAUUUGUUAGUGAUUAAACUCAAUUAAGUGUUUUAUUUUACGCAAAUACACAAUGUUUAUCAAUAUUAAUAAAUAAAAAAUAUUUUCAAUAUAAUUUGCUAAAGUUAUAGACGCAUUCCUUCGAGUGACGUCAUAACGCCAGCAAACUUAUCGAGAACGGAUAGUACUAACAAGUGUCGUUAGUGAUCUGGUUACAAAAACUGUUGUUUUGGGUUCUGUAAGUUCUGGAAGCCCGAACGUACUUGGCAGAACGCGUUUUUCUAGCGUUUUUUCAGCGUGCCUGCUGUAUCUUUUUGGUAAAUAGUAGGUACCGGAUUAACGAUUAACGGACUUAGGAUAAUUUAACGGAAGUUAACGAGUCCGUUAACAUUUUUUAAAGUUAACUUAAAAGUUAAUCCGUUAAUAGAAAUGUUAACUUCGUUAAUUAACGAUUAACGGAUUAACGAGUUAAUGCCCAGCUAUGAUUCUAUGCCACAAAGAUAGUGGUGGCGGGUUCGACCUAAAAUUUGUAGUACUUACGUUCUUAUAUUCUAAUUGCACUUAUGUCAAUUUUACACGUCGUAUAAGACGUUUUUCAGGAUUUUGUUCAACGGAAUGAGUUAAGAUAUAAAAGUAAUUACACGUAAGGACGGUAUUAUCGUAAACAAAAAUAUAUUGUCAUAGAAAACACAUUAUUUUACUAGUACCUACUGGUAAAUCUUUUUUUAGUAAUGAAAUUUAUGAUUUUAAAGUAUUUUACACAGGAUACACUUCCGUUAAAUACAAGGUUAUAAAUAAUAAACAUAAUUUAUGUAACAACGCUGAUUUGCAGAUAUUGUAAAGAUAUGGAAGGAUGAAAUAUCAUAGUGUAUGUUUGAUAUAUCAGUAUAAUAAUAAUUUGUCUUUAUUUUAAUUUGUUCAAGUACAGAAUAUUCUUUUAAGUUUCUAGUUUAUUACUUAUUGUAAUUAUUACAUAUAUUCCUAACUUAAUAUAAACUGCAUAUACUUAUUUUUAA